AAAGAAAAAAUUCAAAAUCUGAAAUUUCAACCUCCUCCUCGUUUAUUCACCCAGAAAGGAGAAGAGAGAAAGAGAUCUCUCUCUAUCUCCUCAAUUCCAUCUUCUUCUUUACUCUCUCUCUCUGCACCGACUUGCUUAAAGAAGACGAAACAAUCUCUCUCUCUCUCUCUCUUAUAUUCUCUCACAUUAUCUCUCUACGAAAGAAGGAGAAGGAGAGAGAAGGUUAGAAUGAUUAAUUAUGUCUCCAGCCAUGUGAGCUCCCACUGACACAUUCUUCCUUUCCCUUCCCUUCCCUUCCCUUCCCUUCCUUCAGAUUGAAUUGAUUCUUCUCACCGAUUCCGGGACCGAGUCGCCGGAGUUGACCUUCCCCACCCCAGGGAGUUUGUAGGUCAGUGGAUGGCAACAUCCUCAUCACGAACAAGGAGCAGCUCUCCCUUCUCUAACAACAGACCAGCAAGUCCCUCUUCUUCUGCUUCAACUUCAACUUCUUCUUCUCAUCUCAUUCCCCGUUCUUCUGCCGGAAUCGGCUCCCGAUCUAUGACUCCCACUCGCACCUUCUCCGACUAUGGUCCAAUCGGCUCCGAAAGCUUCGGAACUGGAUCCUCCUCUGUCCCUUACCCGUCAGAGGAGCUCCUCGGGGAGCCUGUGGAGGAGACUAUCAGCUCUGAGCGGGAUAGUAUUUCCGUCACCGUUCGUUUUCGACCUUUGAGUGAUAGAGAGUAUCAAAGAGGAGAUGAAGUUGCUUGGUACCCUGAUGGCGAUACUAUGGUCAGGCACGAGUACAAUCCUCUCACUGCUUACGCUUUCGAUAAAGUAUUUGGACCACAAGCAAAUACGAUGGACGUUUAUGACGUAGCCGCAAGACCAGUUGUCAAGGCUGCCAUGGAAGGUGUUAACGGAACUGUUUUUGCAUAUGGUGUUACAAGCAGUGGAAAGACCCAUACCAUGCAUGGUGAUCAAGAAUCUCCUGGAAUCAUACCGCUUGCAAUUAAAGACGUGUUCAGUAUCAUCCAGGAUACUCCUGGAAGGGAAUUCCUGCUCCGUGUUUCAUACCUUGAAAUCUACAAUGAGGUGAUAAAUGAUUUACUGGAUCCAACAGGCCAAAAUUUACGAGUGAGAGAGGAUUCCCAGGGUACUUAUGUUGAGGGUAUCAAGGAAGAAGUUGUUAUGUCUCCUGGUCACGUACUAUCCUUCAUUGCAGCUGGAGAAGAACAUCGCCACGUUGGUUCAAAUAAUUUCAAUUUGAUGAGCAGCAGAAGUCACACUUUAUUUACACUGAUGAUUGAAAGUAGUGCUACUGGAGAUGAAUAUGAUGGAGUUAUUUUUUCUCAACUCAAUUUGAUUGACUUGGCUGGAUCCGAGAGUUCCAAAACUGAAACAACUGGAUUGAGGAGGAAGGAAGGUUCAUAUAUCAACAAGAGUCUUCUAACUCUUGGAACUGUCAUUGGAAAACUUAGUGAGGGUAAGGCAACUCACAUUCCAUAUCGCGACUCUAAGCUAACUCGUCUUCUGCAAUCAUCGUUAAGUGGCCAUGGGCAUGUUUCGCUCAUAUGUACAAUUACUCCCGCGUCAAGCAGUAAUGAGGAAACUCAUAAUACAUUGAAAUUCGCCAGCAGAGCAAAGAGCAUAGAAAUCUAUGCUUCACGCAAUCAGAUUAUAGAUGAGAAGUCGCUAAUUAAGAAAUAUCAAAGAGAGAUCUCAGUUCUCAAACUAGAACUUGAUCAGCUGAGAAGAGGUAUACUUGUUGGUGUCAGUCACGAAGAGUUAAUGAGUUUAAAGCAACAGUUGGAAGAAGGCCAAGUGAAAAUGCAAUCAAGAUUGGAGGAAGAAGAAGAAGCCAAAGCAGCUCUUAUGAGCCGAAUUCAAAAGCUUACCAAGCUCAUACUCGUAUCUACCAAGAAUUCUAGAACUGGAUAUUUGGGUGACGUACCCACUCACCAGCGCAGUCUCUCGGCGGGAAACGAUGAGAAAUUCGCUUCUCUGCUCGUGGAUAAUGAUAACUUGGGAUCUCCAUCUUCUACCCUGGCUCUUGUAUCAGAUGGUUCUUUAGGUUUUAACCACCGUAGAUCUUCCAGCAAGUUGAAUGGCGAGAACUCGCCUGGUGCAGAAUUUACGCAAGGUGUCAUGACGCCAGAUGAAAUUGACCUUCUGGUUGAACAAGUUAAGAUGCUUGCUGGUGAAAUAGCUUUCAGUAUGAGCACUCUAAAGCGUUUGGUGGACCAGUCCGCAAAUGAUCCGGAACACUCACAAACUCAGAUACAAGAUCUUGAACGCGAGAUUCAAGAAAAGCAAGGACAAAUGAGGGCUUUAGAACAGCUAAUAAUUGAGAAUGGUGAAGCAUCGAUUGCCAACGCAUCACUGGUUGAGAUGCAACAGAAAGUUAUGAGUUUAAUGACCCAGUGCAAUGAGAAGAGCUUUGAGCUAGAGAUCAAAUCAGCAGAUAAUUGCAUUCUUCAAGAACAACUACAGAAGAAGUGCACCGAGAACAAAGAACUACAUGAAAAGGUGAACCUUCUUGAGCAACGUUUGAAAGCAGUAUCUAGUGAGAAAUCAGCUCCAUCUUGUUCCGGUAACACGGUAUCUGGAGAGUAUGCAGAUGAACUAAAAAGGAAAAUACAGUCGCAGGAGAUUAAGAACGAGAAAUUGAAGCUGGAACAUGUUCAGAUCGUGGAAGAGAACAGUGGUUUACGAGUACAAAAUCAAAAACUAGCUGAAGAAGCUUCAUACGCUAAGGAACUAGCCUCUGCUGCUGCUGUUGAGCUGAAAAGUCUGGCUAGUGAAGUAACAAAACUUUCACUACAAAACACAAAGCUCGAGAAAGAAUUAGGAGCUGCAAGAGACUUGGCUCAGACGCGUAACCCCAUGAACGGCGUUAAUAAUCACAAGUAUAACGACGGGGCAAGGUCAGGAAGAAAGGGAAGGCUCUCUUCAGGUAGGUCAAGUGGAGAUGAGUUUCACUCAAGGAGUCUCGACCUGGAAGAUCUGAAAAUGGAGUUGAAAGCAAGGAAACAGCGAGAGGCGGUGCUUGAGUCAGCACUGGCAGAGAAAGAUUUCAUAGAAGAAGAAUACAGGAAAAAGGCAGAAGAAGCAAAGAGAAGAGAGGAAGCCCUAGAAAAUGAUUUGGCAAACAUGUGGGUACUUGUUGCCAAGUUGAAGAAAGACAGUGGUGCAUCAUCUGUAGUCAAUGGAACUGCCAGUGACCCAGCAAGGGAAGUAGAGAAGAAUCAAAGCAACAUGAUUCUGAAAGAGAGACAAGUCUCGAGUGCACCGAGACAACCUGAAGUAGUGGUAGCUAAAACCGAAGAGACACCAAAAGAGGAACCUCUUGUUGCUCGUCUCAAGGCACGAAUGCAAGAAAUGAAAGAGAAGGAGAUGAGGUCUCAAGCGAAUGGAGACGCAAACUCUCACAUUUGUAAAGUGUGUUUCGAGUCUCCCACGGCAGCAAUUCUACUCCCUUGCCGCCAUUUCUGCUUAUGUAAAUCCUGUUCCCUCGCUUGCUCUGAAUGCCCAAUCUGCCGCACAAAGAUCUCUGAUCGGCUCUUUGCGUUUCCGUCGUGACCAAGGCAAAUCAAAGGUGUCAAGAACUCUGGGUGAAGCCUGUUGCUAGAUAUUUUAAGAAAAGAACAGGUUGUGAAUUUUUUUUAAAAACUAGUUUUGGCUCUUUUGUAUGUAAUGUCUGUGCUUAUAUUUAUAUUUGUCACUAAAAGGAGGGGGAGAGGUUCUUUUGCAUAUCACCAGAACUGCAUACUCCCAUUUGUUCAAAGGGUUUCAAUGUGUUGUUCCACACCGGGUUCCUGGAUCAAUCUAAUCUUGGUGUCAUCCCUUUGAAAUUA